AUGGCGUUGGCGGCCACCUGUACACGUGAUGGAGGUCCAAGGAUAGGUCAGUUCAUGAAUACUACGCCAAACGUUGCGGAUGUCGUUGAGAUAAUCGAGCGUCUUGGAGAAUGGCGACAACAAGAAAGUGAGGAAAUCUUGGCUGGUCAGCCGAUGAUGUCUGAAUCUGAGAAACAAACAAUUCGAGAUGCAAAUCGACGGCGGAAAGGUGAAGAGCUUCUACAGUUUUGGGGCUUUCUUACGGUACAGUUGUGGGUGCAACAUUCGCAGCGAUGCAACCUCAUCGUGUCAAGCGUCUAG